AUGGGGAGAUCAGCAUCAGGGUGGUGUGAUGAAAAGAGCAGCUUAGUAAAGAAAGGGCCAUGGACACCAGAGGAGGAUGAAAAGCUGGUGGAAUACAUAAAAAGAUAUGGGCAUGGGAGUUGGAGAGCUCUGCCCAAGCUUGCAGGCUUGAACAGGUGCGGAAAGAGUUGCAGGCUCAGAUGGACCAACUAUCUCAGGCCUAAUAUCAAGAGGGGAAACUUCUCCCAGGAAGAAGAGCAAACCAUCAUCAACCUCCAUGCUCUUGUUGGAAACAAAUGGUCGGCCAUAGCUAAUAAUCUUCCAGGAAGGACGGAUAACGAAAUCAAGAACUUUUGGAAUACCCAUUUGAAGAAAAAGUUGCUCCAAAUGGGCAUCGAUCCUGUUACCCAGAGGCCAAUCACAGCUAAUAAUAGUGAUAAUAAUAUUCAUCAUCUGUACUAUCUCAUGAUCAAUCAUAUUCUCUCCAGUUUGGCACCGCAGUUGCUUGCUUCUUCUUCUUUUUCUGGCACAUGCGGCAGCUUGGCUAAUAAUAAUUUGAUAAUGAAUAUGAAUCCAUGGGGCAUUAAUAAUAAUGCUGAUCUCAUGAGGCUCCACUACUUCGACGCCAAAAUCCAAGUCCUGCGAAACAUACUAGUACAACAAUUCCUAAGCAGCACUAACACUCCAAAUGUCGAAGCAACUUUUAAUUAUCUUUUGCCCUCGUAUUCAUCAUCAUCAGUUCAUGAUCAUAUUGAUCAUGAAUAUUCAAGAGUCAAUAUUAAUCAUAAUAAUUAUUCUCCUCAUCUCCAAGGUUUUAGCAACGGCGGCGCCCCAAUUGGUUUUGUUCCACAAAAUCCCACUCAUGCUAGUGCUCAGCCGUCCAACUUAAAUUCAAACAUUUCAAGCCUACUCAAAGCUCUUCAUGAGCUUGAUCAUAGCCAGCCGCCACGUGCCCCCCCGGUACUAGUACCGUCCAGCGGCAGCGGGAAGUCUGAUAAAUUAUUGGGAUAUGAUGAUCAUGCACCCUUCUUCUCUAGUACUACUGGCUCAAACAAGAUUUGUACCAACAACAACAACAACAGAGAUCGUAGCUCAUCGUCAUAUGCAACUCCAACAGAUGAUCAUGAUCAAUUACCACUUUUGGUCAGCUCAGCUGCACCCUCUCCCGAAAGUUCCGCUGCCAAUCCCACUGUGGACAACAGUAUCUCAAAUACUACUUAUUCAACCACCUUUGAAGCUUGGGGGAAUCCUCCUGAUCCUAUGGAUCACGACGAUGAAGCAACUAAUCACUCCUACUGGAAAGACAUCAUAAUGGAGUAA